AUGCUCCACAUACAGAGGCCUUCCGGGGAAGAGCUGACAGCUGUGAGGUCAGAAGACAUCAAAGAUGCCCGAGCUCUGAAAGAGCAUUUCUGCGAAGUCUAUGGCUACCCUGUGUAUCUGCAGCAGCUAUUGCAUGAUGCUGAUCUCUUGAAAGAUGGCGAAAAGCUCGAUGCCUCGAUGAAUCUGCAUUUGGUGCUGCUCUCCCUCUCCGGAGUUUCAGAUUCUCAAAAUGCUGCGUUACGAUUCGCCCAAGCGGAUAUGAAAGAUGCUGCGCAACGGAACCGCGUGGGAGUGCUCCAGCGCUUGCUGGAAGCUGGCAUCGACAAAGAUUCUUCUGGCUGUGACGGCAGGACAGCCCUGAUGCACGCGGCCCUCCAGGGUCGCCGGGAGGUCGCGCAUUUGCUCAUGCAAGCUGGGGCACGCAAAGACUGCUGGGGCAACGACGGUAUGACGGCCCUUAUGACUGCAUCGGUGUUUGGUCGCGUGGAGGUUGCGCGCUCACUUCUGGAGGCUGGGGCUGCUAGAGACUGUUGGGACCAUAGCGGCAUGACAGCCCUCAUGCUGGCAGCUCUUCAUGGCCACCUGGAGGCUACAGAUCUGAUGCUUCAAGCUGGUGCCGAUGCAGAGUGCCGAGACGACAGCAGCAGGACAGCCCUGCUGUUCGCAUGUGCGAGUGGUCACUUUCAAGUUGCACGUUUGCUGUUGGAAGCUGGUGUUGAAAAAGACUGCCGUGACAACGACGGAACGACAGCCCUUAUGCAUGCAUCUCUGAAAGGUUACCUGGGAGUUGCCGUUUUGAUGCUGAAAGCUGGUGCUGAUAAAGACUGCCGUGACAAUGACGGUAAGACAGCCCUCAUGCGUGUAUGUUUGACGGGUCGCUUGGACAGUGCACGUUUGCUGCUCGAAGCUGGUGCUGACAGAGACUGCGGGGACAAUCAGGGUAGGACAGCUCUGAUGCUCGUGGCUCUGAGGGGUCGCUUGGAGAGCGCACGUUUCUUGGUCCAAGCUGGUGCUGAGAAGGAUUGCCGGGACCAUGAAGACAGGACAGCCCUUAUGCUGGCGUCGGGCAGCGGCUACGUGGAUGUUGCACGCUUGCUACUCGAAGCCGGUGCUGAUAAAGAUUGCUGCAGCCAUGAUGGCAUGACAGCCCGGUUGCUGGCAUCCUCUAAUGGGCACUUCAUGGUUGUUCGCUUGCUUCGGCAAGCUGGUGCCAUCUAG